CCCCAACAGAGGCGUGGUCUCAGGUUCCUUUGAUGUUUUUUUUCUUUUGGCAUCUUGGUAUAGGGAAAGAGAAAGUUCAAUACUUGUAGAGAGAUCUGCCAUAUUUCUUUCACUUACAGGAAAUGGGGAAGAAAGGGAAUUGGUUCUCUGCAGUGAAGAAAGCUCUGAGCCCUGAUUCCAAGGAGAAGAAAGAUAAGAAAACCCGUAAAUCAAAAAGAUGGUUUGGGAAACACAAGAGUUUGGAUCUAGAUUCUUCAACUGCAGACACUGCAUUAGCUGUUCCCACCUCUCUUUCUCCUCCUGUAGAGGAGGUGAAGUUGACGGAAGCUGAGAACGAGCAAAGCAACCAUGCUUAUUCUGUUGCUUUCGCUACUGCCGUGGCUGCAGAGGCAGCAGUCGCAGCAGCUCAGGCUGCUGCAGAGGUUGUUCGCUUGACAACAGCAGCCCGCUACUCGGGUAAAUCGAAGGAAGAAAUUGCUGCUAUAAAGAUUCAGACUGCUUUUCGUGGAUACUUGGCAAGGCGAGCAUUGCGGGCUUUGAGAGGGCUGGUGAGGUUGAAAGCUCUGAUACAAGGGCAAUCUGUCAAACGCCAAGCGACUACCACCCUACGAUGCAUGCAGACUCUGGCUCGUGUGCAGUCUCAGAUUCGUGCAAGGAGGAUUAGAAUGUCGGAAGAGAACCAGGCGCUUCAGAGACAGCUCCAACAGAAAUGUGAGAAAGAGCUUGAGAAGUUGAGAGUCUCUAUGGGAGAAGAGUGGAAUGCUAGUAUGCAAUCUAAGGAGAAAAUUGAAGCAAGCCUACAGAGCAAGCAGGAGGCUGCUAUGAGAAGGGAGAGGGCAUUGGCUUAUGCAUAUUCCCACCAGCAGAUGAAGAACUCUUCAAAAUCUGCAAACCCAACAUUCAUGGAUCCAAACAAUCCCCACUGGGGAUGGAGCUGGUUAGAGCGAUGGAUGGCAGCCCGGCCAUGGGAAAGCAGAAGCACAAUUGACAGAGACCUUAACAGUGACCGUGCCUCUGUAAAGAGCACUAUAAGCCGUGCUAUUUCAGUGGGGGGAAUCAGUAGAGCAUAUUCUCGUCGUGAUUCCAACCUUGACAAUAUGCCUUCUCCACGUGCUCAAAAAUUAAGCCGCCCUCCCAGCCAUCUAUCGCCUUCUACCCCUCCCUCCAGGGCACCAAGCUCAUCAUCAAUAGCUGGGAAAAUGAGGCCACCAAGCUCAAGGGGCAGCGGUUGUGGCGCUGAUGAUGAUUCAAGGAGCAUGCUCAGUGUGCAGUCAGAGCGGUACAGGAGGCAUAGCAUUGCAGGGUCGUCAGUGAGAGACGAUGAGAGCCUUGCAAGCUCGCCUGCAGUUCCAAGUUACAUGGCACCAACACAGUCCGCCAAAGCCAGGUCCCGGUUGCCAAGCCCGUUGGGAGUAGAGAAGAAUGGGACACCAGAGAAGGGAUCGACGAGUUCUGCAAAGAAACGACUCUCGUUCACAGCUUCCCCGGGUGGCCAAAGGAGGCAUUCUGGUCCCCCCAAGGUGGAUACUAGCAUCAUUAAGGACAUUACUCUGCACUCAGUAACAGCAAAUUAAAAGAGGAGAAGACACACUGCAUGUGACAAGAGACGAAAUACGAGUAGCUAUGCAAAUGAAAAGCAGUGAAUAAAUGAAGGGUUAGAUUGUUUUAUCAUUCUACUUCAUAAACUGCUCCUCCUAGAGGUGCCAAUGGGGCAGGGUGGUUUAAGGAGUGUUACUUUGAUGUUUUUAUUCUUCUUCUUCAACGGCUUAAUUUCUUAGAAAUGUUAGGUGUUCGCUUGGGGCUAAUUUACUCUAUGGAAACAUUUCUAAUCAGUUGUUUUGUAAUGGUCUUCUUGUUGGAAUUUCUCUGUUUUUCUGUCUAUUUUUCUCCUUUCUUGUGCAUUUGUUGGGUUCUUUAGAUUGUAAUGCUUGAAUUCAUAUAAGAUUCCAUUCUGUUGUGUUGUUGUAUACAAGAUUUUGUUUCAGAUUCCCUUUGUUUCUUGUAUACUGUAUACUUCUUAAAUUAGACUGUUAUGCAUCCAUGAGG